AUGAAGGUCAGCUUUCAAACACCUCCCAAUCCACGCUCAACAGCAAUGGACCUUGAUGCACUCCUUGCCCAAGAAAUUGAAGAGCUGAAUCGUGACACUGAAGAGGAUCGACGAGUCAAAGAAGCUGUCAUUGUCGCUAAACGAGACCCCAACAAGAUUAGUGGUGACGACGAUGAUUCAUCCGACGACGACUUGGUAGAGGCUGGCAUGUAUCCACAUUACUCGGACGACGACGACUAUUAUGAGGACGACUUGGAGUUACGCGACCCUGAGUUGUUUCGUAUUACUGAACGCAACCGACAAAUCCUGCUAGACGACGACCAACACAUGCCAGCUCGCAAAAAGUCCAUAUCAGCUGCUGCACGUCCUCCAGAACUCGUCUUUUCAGAUCCACCCAUGACAGUGACAGAACCCGAUCGCAUCGUCGUCAAUUUUAGUUAUGGCACUUCACCGAAUCGACCCGUAACCAAGUCCAGAAAGUAUCUGAUGGCGUGCGACUUUGGCGAAGAAAGCACUUAUGCAAUGAAUUGGGCCAUGGGAACCAUGCUACGGGAUGGUGAUGAGAUUCAUGUCGCAGCUGUGGUCAACAUUGAAGAUGAUGUGGAUGAUAUGGAUGAAGAUGAGAAAUAUCGUCUUUGGCAAGAGCUUGAUCGUAAAUCCAAGGCUCUGAUAUCUCAAGUGCGCACCAAACUUGGAGAGAUGUUAUUAUUCAAUAUCAAGAUCACAAUCUAUUCCAUUGCAGGACAAACAAAAGAGACCUUGUUGGAUUUGAUUUGCAAUACACCGCUGACCAUGGUUGUCUGUGGCUCAAGAGAGAAGGGUGCCUUUAAAGGGUUAUUGAUGGGUAGUGUUUCAACGUUCCUUGUGCAUAAUGCGCCUGUUCCUGUGUCUGUGGUGCGUCCUCAAAAGAAGGCCAAGAUCAGCAAACGGAAAAUGACAGCUGCACAAAAGCUGAGUCAAAGCGUUCGAAGUGGACAACUCAAAGUCGACGAAGUUGCAGGUGCUGCUCCUAAUAGCCAUACUUGA